CAAGAGGGCUUGGAGUGUGGUGGGAAAGGAAUAAGGUGAGCUUAAGGGUGUGUCUGAACUGACAAGGAAGACUAGGGGAGAACUCUUAUAUAGUGGACUCCUGGAGCUAGCCACAUAGCUGCACGAUUUCAGAAAAGCUGAGUCCAUUGGUCCCAGGUUCUUCCCCUGGGAAGUUUUGUGUUCAGGAAGACGGCCAGAUAACAACUUCCACCUAUGUUCAGGGCGUUAUCAUGGACCUUGAGGGGUCUUCAUUGCUCCUCCAUCCCUCUAUCAACAAGAAUGUUCAGUGAAAGAGCAGAUAAGAGCCGCUCCCUGGCUGAUAAAGUGGCGGUGAUCACCGGAUCUACUAAAGGGAUUGGCUUUGCCAUUGCCAGGCAUCUGGCCCAGAAUGGGGCCCAUGUGGUCAUCUGUAGCCGGAAGCAGUGGAAUGUGGACCAGGCAGUGACCACUCUUCAGAAGGAGGGACUGAGCGUGACAGGCACUGUGUGCCAUGUGGGGAAGGCUGAAGAUCGAGAUAGACUGGUGGCUAAGGCCCUAGAGCACCAUAAUGGCAUUGACUUCCUGGUGUGCGUGGCGGGAGUCAAUCCCUUGGUGGGGAGCACUCUGGGAGCCAGUGAGCAAGUCUGGGACAAGAUCCUGGGUGUGAAUGUGAAGGCCCCGGCCCUGCUGCUGAGCCAGCUGCUGCCCCACAUGGAGAACAGGGGGGGAGGCUCUGUGGUUCUGGUCUCAUCUGUGGCAGCUUAUAUGCCAAUAUCAAAGCUGGGAGUCUAUAACACCAGCAAGACGGCCCUGUUGGGCCUCUGUAAGUCUCUGGCCAUGGAGCUGGCUCCAAAAGGCAUCCGAGUGAACAGCAUAGUACCAGGACUGAUCAAGACUGACUUUAUCCAAAUGGAGAAAACAUUGCCGUACUCGCUAUCUGAUUUGAACAAAGUCUAUGGAUUGCAGCGGCUUGGGGAGCCAGAGGACUGUGCGGGGAUUGUAUCCUUCCUGUGCUCUUCAGACGCCAGCUAUAUCACUGGGGAGAACAUCACAGUGGCUGGCUACUCUCCUAAGCUGUGAAGAGAGUGUGACGCUAAGAAAGUGGGACUGUGGUCCUCAGUGGAAAAUGAGGGGCUUGGCGGGGAAUAGGGAGGUGGGGAGCCUUAGAGUCUGUAGCAUCCAGGGUCAGAUAGGGAAACUUGCUCAGGAAACUAGAAGGCAAGUGUUGAAACUUUUCAUGUGAAAAUAAACAUUUUGAAACAUCUAA